GCCAGCCUUGGUAAUCCUGUUGGGAUUGGUUGUGAUCUUGAUUCAUGCAGUACUAAUCUAAGUCUUUUUAGAAAAAGGAUAUACUUUCAGGAGUGAGAAUAUGGGGUCUGAUGAGGCCUACAACUUUGUUUUCAAAGUGGUUUUGAUUGGUGAAUCUGGCGUAGGCAAGAGCAACUUGCUAUCCCGUUUCACUAAGAAUGAAUUUAGCCAUGACAGCCGCACAACCAUCGGAGUGGAGUUCAGCACAAGGACUGUGCAGCUGAAUGGUCUCACCAUCAAAGCUCAGAUCUGGGACACUGCCGGACUGGAGCGGUAUCGGGCCAUCACCUCAGCAUAUUAUCGAGGAGCAGUUGGAGCUCUACUAGUCUAUGACAUUUCAAAGCAUUUGACCUAUGAAAGUGCUGAGCGUUGGCUGAAGGAACUCUAUGAUCAUGCAGAUCCUCAUAUUGUAGUGAUGCUUGUGGGCAACAAAACAGACUUGGCAGCAGUACGAUCUGUUCCAACAGAGGAUGCAAAAGACUUUGCAGAAAAGAAUGGUCUUCUGUUCAUGGAAACUUCAGCUUUGGAGUCAACAAACGUUGAGGCAGCAUUCAACACUGUCCUUACAGAAAUCCAUAAAAAAGUGAGCAGCAAAGAGGUGACUCGAGGGUCCAUCAAUGCUGUGACGUUGUCCCAACCCAAAGCACCAGCAGCCGAUGCACAAGAGGACAAGAAACCCUGUUGUAAGAAUAUGUGAUGGAACAUUUCAGAUGGUUGGACAUUCCAGAGUCCUGAUGAAGUUGCAAAAUUCCGUGUGUAGACUGAGAACCGCCAGUUCUUGAUUAGAAAGAACAAGCGUGAUAAAAAGUGAAAGAAACUAAACCAUUUCACUGACUGACAUAGCCAUAUUUGUAUUUUAAAAUAUUAUUUAAUAAUUAAAAGGGAUUUUUAAAAGCUUGUCAGGUGACAACAAAAAAAAAAUUUUUUUUUUUUGCUUAAUUUAAAAGUAUUUUCCCCAUGUUCCUUCUCAUUUCUUUGCAAAAUAAAGACAUUUGCUUCUGUUGAUAUUAUUUAUGAGAUUUCAUGCCAAACGUUCCUAAUCAUACUUUCUUUGUUAUUAUUGUAAAUGUUAUGAUCAAUGGACGCAGAAAAAGAAAAAAAAAAAUGAUUAUUUUAAUUAGUAAGAUAGAAUGUUUUUUUUUUCAUUUACACACUCAUUCACACAGUUUGUGAAUGAUUUACUGAACACACCUAUGCAGAUUUGAGAAUAAAGGAUACACCACAUUCUGUGAAAAUAAGAA